AUGCUUCGAAAGGCAAGGAGGAAGCUUAUCUAUGAAAAAGCUAAGCAUCACCACAAGGAAUACAGGCAGGUGUCCAGAACUGAAAUUCAAAUGGCUGGGAUGGCACGAAAAGCCGGCAACUUUUAUGUACCUGCAGAGCCCAAACUGGCAUUUGUCAUCAGGAUCAGAGGUAUCAAAGGUGUGAGCCCGAAGGUUCUAAAGGUGCCACGGCUCCUUCACCUCCAGCAGAUCUUCAAUGGCACCUUUGUGAAGUUCACCAAGGCUUCAAUUAACAUGCUGAGAAUUGUGGAGCUAUACAUUGCAUGGGGGUACCCAAAUCUGAAGUCCGUAAAUGAACUGAUCUACAAGCGUGGUAAUGGCAAAAUCAACAAGCAGCAAAUUGCCCUGACAGAUAACGUGUUGAUUGCUCGAUCUCUUGGGAAAUAUGGCAUCAUCUGCAUGGAGGAUCUGAUUCAUGAGAUCUAUACUGUUGGAAAACGUUUCAAAGAAGCAAACAACUUCCUGUGUCCCUUUAUAUUGUCUUUUCCAUGA